AUGGUGAUGAUGUGCCACAAACAGCAGAAAAUUGUAGGAAUAUAUACCAUAGCAGAAGCAAUAACAGAAUCUUAUUCACAUGUUUCCUUUUCCCACGUAUAUUCUAACAAAAAAUUCUGUGCACUCUGCACAGGUGAGAAGGGUUUUGGCUACAAGGAUUCUGCAUUUCAUCGUGUUAUUAAAGAUUUCAUGAUUCAAGGAAGUGAUUUCGAUAAAGGAAAUGGAACCGGUGGUAAAAGCAUAUAUGGUCGUACCUUUAAGGACGAAAACUUCAAGUUGACUCAUACUGGACCUGGAGUUGUUAGCAUGGCUAAUGCAGGCCCUAAUACCAAUGGAAGCCAAUUCUUCAUUUGCGCUGUCAAGACCCCAUGGCUUGAUGAGAGGCACGUUGUGUUCGGGCAAGUUUUAGAAAGCAUGGACAUUGUGAAAUUGAUUGAGUCGCAGGAGACCGAUAGGGGUGACCGUCCAAGGAAGAGGGUUGUCAUCAGUGACUGCGGUGAGCUACCAGUGGCAUGAGGCGGGAAUACAAAUAUAAAGCACUUUAUUAUGUUAAGGCCCGUUGCCAGAUAUAAGAGGAUUCUCAGUACUGAGUUUUCAUCCAAAACCCGGCUUUUCCCUGUUCCUUUUUUGGGUCUCUGUAGGAUUUCGAAUUACAGGGUAAAAAAUUUCUUGCUAGUAGUGAGUAUGUUGUAUUCCUGUAACCUGGGCAGAUGCUAGUUUAGUUGACAUUGAAUAUACUAGAUGGUAAUAGACUUGUUGCUUCUAUACAACCACUGUUUGGAUUAUGUUUGUCUUGAUUAAUGUGAUGAAUUAGUGUU